AUGGUUCCUGUGAUGGACAAUAUGACCCCACCUCCUCUGACACAGAACUGCUCCAACUGCAGCCAUGCGUUAGUCCCAGAGCUCAAUGUGGUCAAGGCUGUGGUUCUGGGCCUGGUGCUUGGUGUCUUCAUCGUGUUUGGAAUUGUGGGAAACAUCCUGGUAAUCCUUUCGGUUGUUUGCCAUCGACACCUGCGGACGGUAACGCAUUAUUUUAUAGUUAAUCUGGCAGUGGCAGAUUUGAUGCUCAGCUCCACUGUACUACCUUUCUCUGCCAUUUUUGAGAUCCUGGAUCGUUGGGUGUUUGGACGGGUCUUUUGUAAUGUUUGGGCAGCUGUGGACGUGCUCUGCUGCACGGCCUCCAUCAUGAGCCUCUGUGUGAUCUCUGUGGACCGUUACAUUGGAGUCAGUUACCCUCUGCGUUACCCUGCUAUAGUGACAAAACGCAGAGCUCUGCUGGCAGUGAUGCUGCUGUGGGUGCUGUCUAUCAUCAUAUCUAUUGGACCUUUGUUUGGUUGGAAAGAGCCAGCACCAGAGGACGAGUCCAUCUGCAAGAUCACAGAGGAGCCGGGCUACGCCAUCUUCUCUGCCUUGGGCUCCUUCUAUGUCCCUCUGGCCAUCAUACUGGUCAUGUACUGUCGAGUGUACGUGGUCGCUCACAGAGAGAGCCGAGGGCUGAAAGAGGGCCAAAAGACGGAGAAGUCCGAUUCAGAGCAGGUGAUACUCAGGAUGCACCGAGGCAACACGACUGUAUCAGAGGAUGAGGCCCUUCGCAGCCGCACACAUUUCGCCCUGCGACUGCUCAAGUUCUCACGAGAAAAGAAGGCUGCCAAGACCUUGGGCAUCGUGGUUGGCUGCUUUGUGUUGUGCUGGCUGCCCUUUUUCCUGGUGCUACCCAUUGGUUCCAUGUUCCCUGCCUACAGACCUUCAGACACCGUCUUCAAGAUCGCCUUCUGGCUCGGCUACUUCAACAGCUGCAUCAACCCCAUCAUCUACCCAUGCUCCAACCAGGAGUUUAAGAAAGCUUUCCAGAGUUUACUCGGAGUUCACUGUUUGAGAAUGACUCCCAGACCCCACCACCAUCAUCUGAGUGCAGGUCAGAGUCAACCGCAAGGUCACAGCCAGGGCCUCACUCUGAGCCUGGACAGCAGGGGGCCUCCCAGUCGACUCAGCCCCUCCUCAUCUAUGGCCCUGUCCAGAACUCCUUCCUCUAGGGACAGCAGGGAAUGGAGGGCCUUCUCCGAGGGUCCCACUGGCGGAUCUGGACCAGCCGAAACAAGCAGAGCUAAAGUGGCUAAACUCUGCAAUAAAAGCUUCCACCGGACCUGCUGCUGCAUCCUCAGCGCUGGAACUCCCCCGCAGGAGUCAAGCUGCGUCCAGCCCCCUCCUAUCGGAAACCUUCCCACCAUUAAAAUCCACCAACUGUCCCUGUCGGAAAAAGGAGAGCCUGUAUAA